AUGCGCCCGCUGUAUCCUGGCGGCCCCGGCUUUGGCUUCCCGGGCCCGUCGGGCCUCGACUUGCCGCACUCGCACAACCCCCACGACGACAUGGCGCUGUCCAUGGCGCGCGACCUGCGGCUCUUCUCGUGCUACUUUGUCGUGGCCGAGUCGCUGGCCACGUUCGUGGGCUACCGCAUCGCCCAGCACUGCAUACGCGGCUGCCGCGUGUACUUCCUCUCGCCCUCGCAGCGCCUGUGGAUUGGCUUUGUCUACUGUUGGCUCAAGAUCCGACUGAUCGACUAUGCGUUCCACGGCACGGCGUACUAUGCGCUGACGCUGCUCAUCAUGGCCGUCUACUUUGUGUACGCGCUGCUGGCCUUUGGCUUCCACUUUGGGCCGCUGCAGUUCCUCUUCUUCGACUACAUACCGCGGCGCCAGAUGACGCAGAGCGCGAUGUACAAACUCGCGCGGCUCUGCCAACAAGUGUCGGUCCGUCUCGAGUGUUACGUGCUCCAGCAGCUCAUUUGCCGACCGCCACUCGAGACGCGCGAUCGAGACGCCAUGACGUCGUCGGUCAUCUCGACGCACGCGCGCGUUCCGCUGGACUCGACGUCGUCGUGUCGUCCCCAGCCGGUCGAGUUUGCGCGCGUCACGUCGUUCUUUGGCCGCAAAGUGGACGUCAACAUCAAACAAUGGAACGCGUCCAUGUGUCAGCAGUGGGCCGCAGCACUGAGCGCAGCCGCGCGCUCGAGCGCCUGGCGCGUGCGCACAAAGUGUGCACCUGCCGCGCUGGCCGACAGUGUCUUUGAGUGCCGCUUUGUGUUUGUCAUGCAGCACGAUGGCAUGCUGCUUGGCUUCUUCAUGACGAGUCCCACGGCGACGCUCAUGACCAAGUUCAGGGACGGCAAAGUGGUGCCGUUCGAGCUGCUGCAGCGGUUCCAUUGCAGCGCACGCGCGGCGCUUGCAGCUACGCAGCCAGUGUUCCUGUACGCAGAGAGCCCGAGCCUUGUGGGUCGCGCGACAGUCGCUCAGAAAGACGCGGUCUACGCACUGCUGCGACAGCUCAACAGCGCUCAUGGCUACACGGCUGACGUGGCUCUCCGUGCUCUGCGUAGCGAGAACUUUAUGGACGCUGGCAUUGGCCGGGUGGUGAAGAAGAAGGUACGCACGACGACGGGGUCGUUCAGUGGGUUGGAUCCCUACUGA